ACUCAAGGAGUUAACAUCUCUCCUCCCAUACCACAAAACUGAACAAAGCAGUUGUUUUCUAAGCCCUGUAGCUCUGCGCCACGUAAAAUUGUCACGUACUUUAAACAGCAAGGAGUAAUGAAGUUGAAUCGACAUAUUUUCUGUUGUCUGCAUGUGGCACUCUCAGUUGCGUUUCAGGUGCGGAUCCCAGAGUCCAGAGUGGUGGGUGCGUAUGGUGGUCCAGUUGUACUGGGCUGUGUGUUCCCUAGCAUGGACCCGGGACUACCUGUAGACCCAGGGCUUGUGGUCACAUGGCAGACACAAGGGGACUCCCGAGUGCUUCACAGUUACUACCAUGGGACAGACCAACUGGACCGCCAAAGUAGGGAGUACCACAACCGAACCAGGCUGUACCAUUCCGAGCUGAGAGAUGGGAAUGCCUCCCUCAUGCUGGAGCGAGUCGGUCUGGAAGAUGAGGGCAGGUAUAUCUGCUCCGUCAGUACCAAGGAUGGGGUUGACAGUGCGGAAGUCCAGCUAACAUACGCAGCCUUCUACAACGAGCCUUGUCUAACCAUCCAGGCCCACCCCAACAGUGUGACCUUUACGUAUGAGAGCGAGGGUUACCCAGAACCCCAGGUCCAGUGGACAGACCCCAUGGGUCACAGCCUGGACUUCUACACUACCGUGUCCUCCAGGCAGCAGGGUCUCCUCUCUCUGCGGACCCAGCUUGUGGUGGAGCAGGGUGGGGCAAUCAACUACACCUUCACCCUUGGAAACCCUCUCCUGAAACAGGUCAUUCAACGGCCUGUGGCCUAUGUUAAAAAAACUGUCAUCUCAUCUCCAGUACCCAGUCGGAGUGACAUGGACCAGAACCGACAUAGAUUCACUGGACUGCUUCCUGUCUUUGCUGGACUGCUUUUGGUCUUCUGACUUACCGCCAGAUCUUUCCAGGGGUGUCAGUUAUGGUAAAAUCGGACUCACAGUAAACAUUUAUUCAUUUCAUUUGGUCAUGUCCCAUCGGUUAUUCUCAGACCAGGAAAAUAGGCAAGUUCCUGUUUUUCAAUGGGUUCCAUUUCUUCCAUACCAAACCUUGUGACCCUGUGCGUAGUCUACAAUUGGUGCAUUCCUUGACACAAUUGGUGCUUUGUCUGGUAGCACAUAACAAAUAAUAAUGUUUCUAGGGCUAACAUGAAGAUUUCUGUCAGGCUUUCUCAAAUAGUUAUAUUUCAGCCACUGUAGUGGCUGUAAAUGACAGAAAACAGAAUAAAAUACUAAAUUUUAUGAAACAAAAUUCUGUCAGCAGACUGUACACCAUGUUCAUGUUCAUUUAAUAACAUCCCUUGCCUUAUUAGUAUUGUAAUUUGAAUGUCAGAAAAGUGUUUUAUAGAUACACUAGUAUUUCUAUUGACAAUCUUCACCACAUACAAAGCUGUAGUCUGACUUUAGUCACGCGAAUCACAUAGUUUGAAGCCUUCAUCUUUUAUAAAGUUUACUACUACCAUAUAAAUCAUGAGUACAAUUGUCAUAGUUGAAUAAAUAAAAUACUACUUAAUUACCGUUUGACUAUUUCCAGUUUAUACGAUCAGGUGUCCAUGAAGGGUCUCGUUCAAUCUAUUAUUUAAUAGUUUAUCCUUUCAGACAUUGGGUAAACAAUCCACUUGCUGGUUUAUAUUGACAUGGAAAGUAAUGUAGCAAAAUGUCUCCUCCUUCUGAUAAGUUAACCCCCUCACCCUUCAGGUGGUGCUACCCUAAGGCUUGUUUUAUUUUAUUUUUGGGGGGGGGGAGAUUAAAAAGGUUUGAGGUAGUGAUUUAUCGCCAUCUUGUGGAAUAACUAUAUAGCUCUGACUAUCCACUUUCAAGGGUAGGGAAGCUGUCUCCAGAAAGACUCAUUCCUUUCCCAUACCUUUUAGACAUGUUUAUUGUUUGCAAUUUUUACCCAUUAAACUACACUCACUUGGCUAUAAUGAAAAGAAAGUAAAUUAUUUUUUAAAUGUAUAAAGAAUGAAAAACUUAAAUCUCUCUGUUGGGUUCUUGAUCUCGAGCCUAGAGCAUGUACUCUCCUCUAGGUUUCUGUUCUCUGCCCUCUCUUCACGUGUGAUAUUUGUUUUGAAAGGUUAAAAAACGAACAAAUAUUUUGUUUUGUAAAGGUUGAAAAAUAUUGUCAAAUAAAGGUUU